CACGCCGCUGUCGGGAGAGCCAGUACCCGAGCGCAGAGGCGCCCGCCAUGAGGGAGAUUGUGCACAUCCAGGCGGGCCAGUGCGGGAACCAGAUCGGUACCAAGUUUUGGGAAGUGAUCAGCGAUGAGCAUGGCAUCGACCCGGCCGGAGGCUACGUGGGCGACUCAGCGCUGCAGCUGGAGCGGAUCAGCGUCUACUACAAUGAGUCAUCCUCUCAGAAGUAUGUGCCCAGGGCUGCCUUGGUGGACUUGGAGCCGGGCACCAUGGACAGUGUGAGGUCUGGGCCUUUUGGGCAGCUCUUCCGGCCUGACAACUUCAUCUUCGGACAGACGGGCGCCGGGAACAACUGGGCCAAGGGCCACUACACGGAGGGCGCGGAGCUGGUGGACUCGGUGCUGGACGUGGUACGGAAGGAGUGUGAGCACUGUGAUUGCCUGCAGGGCUUCCAGCUCACGCACUCGCUGGGCGGAGGCACAGGCUCGGGCAUGGGCACCCUGCUCAUCAGCAAGAUCCGGGAGGAGUACCCGGACCGCAUCAUGAACACCUUCAGCGUCAUGCCGUCGCCCAAGGUCUCCGACACCGUGGUGGAGCCCUACAACGCCACGCUGUCCGUGCACCAGCUGGUGGAGAACACCGAUGAGACCUACUGUAUCGACAACGAGGCCCUCUACGACAUCUGCUUCCGCACGCUCAAGCUCACCACGCCCACUUACGGGGACCUCAACCAUCUGGUGUCGGCCACCAUGAGCGGCGUCACCACAUCGCUGCGUUUCCCCGGCCAGCUCAACGCCGACCUGCGCAAGCUGGCGGUGAACAUGGUGCCCUUCCCUCGCUUGCACUUCUUCAUGCCUGGCUUUGCCCCACUUACAGCCCGGGGCAGCCAACAAUACCGUGCCCUGACAGUACCUGAGCUCACCCAGCAGAUGUUCGAUGCCAAGAAUAUGAUGGCUGCCUGUGACCCACGCCACGGCCGUUACCUGACAGUGGCCACUGUCUUCCGUGGGCGCAUGUCCAUGAAGGAGGUGGAUGAGCAGAUGCUGGCCAUCCAGAGUAAGAACAGUAGUUACUUCGUAGAGUGGAUCCCCAACAACGUCAAGGUAGCAGUGUGCGAUAUCCCACCCCGCGGGCUCAAGAUGUCAUCCACCUUCAUCGGCAACAGCACAGCCAUCCAGGAGCUGUUCAAGCGCAUCUCGGAGCAGUUCUCGGCCAUGUUCCGACGCAAGGCCUUCCUGCACUGGUUCACGGGCGAGGGCAUGGAUGAGAUGGAGUUCACCGAGGCGGAGAGCAACAUGAACGACCUGGUGUCCGAGUACCAGCAGUACCAGGACGCCACGGUCAACGACGGGGAAGAGGCUUUUGAAGAUGAGGAUGAAGAAGAAAUCAACGAAUAAGGCGCCUUAGGUUGCUACGGUGCACACCUGUUCUUUUCCUAGCCCUGCUGAUGUGGGCAUGGUACCCUGGUCUACACGUGUCACAGGCCCCUCUCAAACCCAAAUCCCCCGCACUGUCCCCCAGGUUAUCUGGAACAGUGCACUUGCCUUUACCGGAGAAUUGGCAGACGUCCCACCAGACCAGGGUGAUUGUGUACAGGAACACUGAGAGCAAAUGAGGGGCUGUCUGCACAGGGCUCAAGGCAGCAAUCACCUUCCGUUAAGCGCCCAGCCAUCAGAGUUAGCAGGGGAGUUAGAGUCAGGAUUUGUUUUUUCAUCCUUGGUGACAAAAACCAAAAGCUACACAGUGUUGCCUUAAUUGAAUACCCAAUAUGGAACUUUGUGACAAUCCAUUCAUAAUAAAACGCUAAACCUGUU